AUGGCUGGAGAGAGAAACAGCGACCGAUUGCAUCUCCUUGAGCAUAGCUCGAGCAUGCCGAAAAAUUCCCCGACUGAUGGAGACUCAAGUUGGAUUCAUGAGAUGGUGGAUUUCGACAGUUCGGAUAUAGGCAUCCAGAAGAGUCCAGUCGUAACACAAUAUCCACCAGCAUAUUCUUCGACCUGGGAACAGGAUACUGAAAAUGACAGCCAGAGGGAUCUAAAGUCCUUCAAUCGAUAUUCCUCGAGUCUGCAAGACCGAUCCCCAACCUUCACUACAAUUCCCACAACAAAACCAGCUUCCACAAAUGGCUUCCUCAAAUUCCUCGCAUUCGUCCGUCGAUCAGGUCGAUAUGCCUCACACGUCUCAUACGAGGACACAAAUCCCAAAGGCAACCCACCUAAGUUCAGUGGCUGGCGUGGAGGUGCUCUGGCGGCAGCCAUCAGUGCAGGGACUAUGCUGCUAAUCAACCUGAUAUUCACAAUCUGGGCUGCGGCCAAAUCUCGCAGCGGGACACAAGUUGGAACUAUAUAUGCAGGAGAUUGUGGAAAAGUAAGAAAUGUCGAUGCUGGGUUGCAUGUUGCCAUCAACGUCAUGGGCACGCUUCUUCUUGGAGCUUCGAACUACACGAUGCAAUGCCUGAGCUCUCCGACUCGGAAAGAAGUGGAUGCUGCUCAUUCCCGGGGAAGAUAUCUUGAUAUCGGGCUUCCGAGCCCGAAAAACCUGAACGGAUGGAAGAAGAAGAUUGUGUUUACGUUGCUAGUGCUAUCCACGGUACCAUUGCACUUCCUGUGGAACUCCGCGGUCUUCACUACCACCCAGCAACUCGACUACAAUGUAUUUGUAGUGUCACCCAACUUUCUCAGCAGCUCGAAUGUUGAUUGUUCUCAAAAUGUGUCCGUGCAUUACGAUGGCUCUACUACCACUACUGGUCCAGAUGCCAGAGAUUAUAGCUACAGAACACCUCUCAACUAUACCUCACUUAACAAUCAGUCAUACACCAGCGCAGCGCUGUGGUACCAAGAGAACGUCUGCACUAUCUCCAGAGCUCUUUUGGACAACUCCACCCAAGGACUACUUACUCGUUUAAGCAACGAGGACUGCAUCAAAACUUAUGGUCCUGGCGACAAUCUUCUGAAAGGAUACGGGGAACUUCUAGUCGUCACAAAAGAACAACCCGCAAGCACCAAUACCUCUAUCCUGAUGCAAUUCACUUACGAGAUGUUUGUAUCGAAUUACACGGGGAACGGGUGGGUGUGUGAUGCCGAACAGCUGAUUGACAACGAUUACCACUGCAAAUACAAGGACAUUGCUGCAAAUGCAGACGACUGGACACUAGGACCGCUCACGCCCGACCCGAGCAACAGAUUUCGGCUCACCACAUCAAAUCAGUGGCCGAUCGACUAUUGUCUCGCUCAACCAACCAACUUGAGUGGUUCAUGUCAGCUUCAAUAUAGUCUGGUUAUCAUGAUCAUUGUCCUGAUUGCAAACUCUAUCAAGUUCUCCUGCAUUGUCUUCCUGCUUUGGACGCAUCUUGAACCUGUUUUGGCAACGAUCGGAGAUGGCAUUGCUACAUUCUUGGAGCGUCCAGACGUUGUUACUGCUUACCGGCCGUUCCUAGACCGACAUCAUGCUAGGAGGUUCAAUUUGGCGGCAAAGAGGGUACCAGUACGAUGGUACCCACCCAAACAUUCGUUACGUUGGUGGCGCGCGCCCAGCAAGACUCGGUGGUUCUUAACCUUGGUACUAUGUACGUUGGCAAUAAUCGUCGUAUCGAUCCUACUUGGGAGUGGAAACUCCAAUGUCAUGAGCUCUGACAAUGGCUAUUCGACUCCGUACGCCCUUGGUUUUGGGACUUACAACGCGGACGCAACACUCAACAUAUUCCCCACGUCUAACAAUCAAGAUCUUACAGCUUCAGAUUUCAGCUCGAACGGUAUCCUUAUUGGCAUGGUUGCAGUUGCAAACUUGCCGCAGGUAAUUGUCUCCUGCCUAUAUUUCGCAUAUAACACCGUGUAUACCAGCAUGGUAUCCGCAGACGAGUGGUCGAGGUUCACUUCUCACAGGAAAGCUCUCAGGACGACGGACCGAAAAGGUGACCAGCGAAGUACCUAUUGGCUCAGCUUACCAUGGACCUAUGCGCUGCCGUUGGCUAUCGCCAGUUCGGUGUUGCAUUGGCUCAUCUCUCAAUCUCUAUUCGUCGCGCGUACCGAAAUUAUGAACACGUACGGAGAGCCCGAGCCAAAUUCGUACAUGGAAGUGGGAUAUUCGCCACUUGCCAUUCUGAUAGCCCUGCUUUUUGGGACGGGGAUGGUGUUGGCUAUGAUUUUGAAUGGAUUCAGGAAAUUAAAAGGGGGGAUAUUGGUUGGGAAUAAUUCUCUGGCGAUAAGUGCUGCUUGUCACCGGAGUACGGAUGAUGUCAUGGCAUCUACUGCAGAGACGUUUCGCGCGCGGGAGGUUUACAGGUAUUACCAGCCAAAGAACUCUAAGGACGUACCGGAAGCAGCUUCGACGAAACCCCAUUCGCCGCGUGCCCGAUUGCCAAAGGUCACCAAUUUCACCACCCAGCAAUCCUUCUCCGAUACUGCGCUCACUGCCUUCGCACAACUCAUUGCUCUCCGAUUAUCUGCUCAAAGAGCCAUCGUCUCUCUCAUCGAUCAUGAGAAUGAGUUCUUUCUCGCAGAAUCGACGUCCACACUGAGUCUCAUCGACGAUGAUUCGAAUGCCUUGUUAUCAAUCAGUGGGGCGAGAGUCCCUCGUGGAAAAUCAUUGUGCGAACAAACGUUGCAGCUCGUCCCAAACCAAGAUACGACCGCGGAGAAGACUCCCGUAUUCUUAGUCCCUGACUUGCUUCUCGAUGAGAAGAUGAGUAAGCUUGAUUGUGUCAAAGGCGCGCCGCACUUGAGGUUCUACUGCGGGGUGGCCCUUACAAAUAAGACUGGCAUAAACAUUGGGGCUGUAUAUAUUGUGGACGACCGCCCUCGCACCGAUUUCAGUCUCGAACAAGCACAAUUCUUGACUAGAAUGGCUGCUACGGUAAUGGAUCACCUGGAAAACAUCAGAGCGAAAGAGGAUGUAGUCAGGAUGACAAGAAUGAGCCAAGCACUGCAUGCUUUUAUUGAAGGAGAGGGAACAAUGGAUGGCGAUUGGCAGCGCUUAAAGAGAUACAAUCUUCCCGCCAACGCUGGAGUCGGAUUUUCAUGGGAGAGCAACACAAACGACGGGGCCAGAGGCUUUAUGAAGAGCAAAAGAGAAUAUGUUGCAUCGAAGUCCAUCGAACCCGGUUCGGCUCCUGGAGGACUCGAAGUACCGUUCAAUCCUGGACAAUCCCCACUGCAGCACUCGGGCAUUAGUCCAGACGCUCGCUUUAACUUCAACAAUUCUCCUUGGAGUUCGACGUCGGAAGUGCCACAGAUUCCCACCUUGAAAUCCGUUUUUGAAGGCUUCGAUGACGCUGCUGCAAAACUCAACAAUGGGAAAGAUGCUCAAUUUGCCAACGAUGAUUUCUCAAAUCUCUUACACGAUACAUUCUCUCGGGCAUCGAAUCUUGUCAUGGAGGGCAUGGAGGUUGACGGAGCUGUGUUUUUCGAUGCUCCUUUUAGGUUUUAUCAAGGGCGGAGCACACUCGAGACAGAUCCGCGCCGUAUAGAAGAAAAGGGUUCCGAAGGCUCGAGCGACAGUGAAUUUGAUGAUCAUGAGGCCAGGCCAGGGCCUCGACCCCGUGUCCUCCGCUCCGACACUCAUACUAAACAUCUAGAUGUUGCCAACAACGGAGUCAGCAUAGCCGUAAAAUCGGAUGUCCUAGGAUACUCCACUCAUGGCCAUUCGUCAUGGGAUAACCAAGACAUGGGAACCACUGCAAAUUUUACUGCAAUCGACCAGAGCCUUCUCACUUCUCUUGUGAGGCGAUACCCACAGGGCGAGCUUUUUGUCUCUGACAAAGAUGGGCCCAUUUCCCCUCUUACACAUAAUCCUCUUGCAGGCUCGCAAGGCAUCAACACGUAUAAAUUGGCACGCCACAGGGCUCGGAAAAGAGCGGAGAUCUUACGACUACUGAUUGCUUUCCCUGGAGCCCGCCAGAUAUUCUUUGUCCCGUUAUACGAUUCAACAUCAGGGUGUUUCAUCGGAUCAUUCACUUGGUCGACCUCAACGACGCGAAUAUUUUCCUCUGAAAAUCAUUUGUCAUAUCUAAUUGCCUUUGGACACAGUGUCAUGUCGGAAGUCAGUCGACUGAAUACACUUAGUGCAGAUCGAGCAAAGGGCGAUUUCAUCUCCAACGUUAGUCACGAAUUGAGAAGUCCUCUUCAUGGAAUUCUAGCAAGUGUAGAAUUCUUGGCGGAUACUGCUCUGGAUGGAUUUCAAAGAAAUCUAGUCGACACCGUAGAUGUUUGUGGAAGAACUCUACUGGACACGAUUGAACAUGUUCUGGAUUUCUCCAAAAUUAAGAAGUAUAAAUUCGGAGUUGAAAGUUCGCAGCCAAUGGGUGUUGUUGCAGAUCUCGAUGUCUCUGCCGUCAUUGAAGAAGUACUAGAAGGCGUGUUCGCAGGUUUUGAAUUCAAUGGUCUCUCGUCACAAGGCCUCGCAGAUACAACGCAGAGCCAUGCCAGGGAAAUACCAAAGGCCACACAGACGUUACAAGCAAACGAUGUAUCACGAUCUGAUCAUGCCAAGCUACAGAAUAACCCUACAGUGAUCCUUGACAUAGAUUUCAGGGAGAAGUGGACAUUUCCCACAGUACCCGGCACUUGGCGAAGAUUAACGAUGAAUUUGUUUGGCAAUUCGUUGAAAUAUACCCAAAAUGGGUACAUUAAAAUCAAGCUCGCAGCUCAAAGCAUGUCUGCUGUGAACUCCUCCGCGAAGCACGACACGGUGAAAAAGACCAUGGUGACCUUGACCAUAUCAGAUACUGGAAGAGGAAUGUCAACCGAUUUCAUGAAGACGAAGUUGUUCAUUCCUUUCUCACAGGAGGAUGAAACAGCUCCAGGCACGGGCUUAGGAAUGAGUAUGGUGAAGCAGAUUGUAGAUUUGUCUGGUGGGACAAUUGACGUCCGCAGUGAGUUGGGCAUGGGUACGGAGGUUAAACUCAGCCUUCCCUUGGAAGAUUGUCUCGAAGACUUCGACAAGUUGUCCAACAAUCCACCAGAGAUUUCAGAUCCACUUUACUCGGAAAAUGUCCUAGACGCCAUCCGUAGAAGAAGCCGAAAUCGGACAGUCUCCAUUCACGGAUUCGACAGCACAUCUGGGAAAUCCAACCUUCAAAUAGCUGCAACCGAGGGUCUGAAAGCCUCGAUAAAGAAGUAUAUCACAGAAUGGUUCGGUUUGACCAUUGCGUCUAGUAGCGACGUCGUUGAUAUUGUUAUAUCUGAUGAAUCUGCUUUUCUUAACUCGACCCAGAUGCCCAAGACCAAACCUCGGUUACUGCUCAUCCUUUGUAGCAAUGGAACACGAAGAGAUCUCUACAAGGCUCGAUCUGGUUUUGCUCAGCAUGUUGAAUUUGUCAGCAAGCCUUGCGGACCUCACCGACUGGCUAAAGCACUGCUCAACUGCCUUGACAAAGAAGACGCGGGCCAAAAGAAGGCCGAUACAGAAAGGUCAUCAAUCGGGUUCUCGCCAACAACAACUAAUCUCAACAAAUUACCGGGCCAGCAAACCAAGAUUCAGGGAGGUCUCAAUCAUGGCCGAAGACCAUCAUUGACUCACAGAAUGUCAAGCGGGAACGACGUCCCAAGAUCUGAAGGCGUAAGUAGAAAUACCACACCACUGGCAAGUCCAUCAUCUUCAGCCACUUCCGUCAUUAGUCCAAGCAGUUUUGACGAUGGAGUUACCCAUGAUGUGCUACGCUUUGAUCCGAUCCUGGAAGGCUCUCCACCACUCAAAAUGCUGCUAGUUGAGGAUAAUCCGAUCAACAUGAUGCUACUUGCGACUUACAUGAAGAAGAAGAAUUGGGACUAUGAAACUGCUGCCAAUGGUCUGAUAGCUUUGCAAGCUUUCCAAAACAGGCCGCAAGGUUUUGAUAUUAUCUUCAUGGACGUCUCAAUGCCUAUAAUGACGGGUUAUGAGGCCACUCUCGCAAUUCGGAAUGUGGAGACCGAACGCCGAUUAGCUGACGAAUUACAACGACAGCCACAAUCACCAGUCGCAGUACCACAUCAAGUCCCCAGUUCUUACCCCUUUCCUGACGCUGCUGGUAUAUCGGUCUCAUCGCCGACCAAUGGUAUCAACCCUCAUGGUCCGACUACGCAUCGCUUUCGUCCUGCUCUAAUUAUCGCCCUCACGGGAUUCAGCAGCAAACAGGACCAGGAAAUGGCAUUCGAGAGCGGGGUCGAUGUGUUUAUGACCAAGCCUGUCCGGUUCAGAGAAGUGGGGCGGAUACUUGACGGCUGGAUGAAGAAUCACGAGAUGGAGCAAGCGAAUGAUACAACUGGGAUAGGCCAAAAUGAGAGAAGGGAGCUGGACGAGGAGAAAACUGGCGCCAAGAGGAGUGGUUAG